AUGGAGACCUCGUCUCAAAUUAACAGCAAGUACAGUGAAGAAUUAGCGGAGGAGUGCUUAGAAUGGAUCAAAGUGAUCACCGGCGAAAAUAUCGACACGUCAGGGGACAUGGACAACUUCUAUGAGAUCCUUAAAGAUGGAACUCUUCUUUGCAAAUUGGCGAACCACAUAAAACCUGGCCAGGUGAAGAAAAUUAACGAAUCCAAAAUGGCGUUCAAAUGUAUGGAGAACAUUAACGCGUUCCUUGAAGCCGCCAAAAUAUUCGGCGUACCUGCGCAGGAAACCUUCCAGACCGUUGAUCUGUGGGAAAGGCAGAACCUCAACUCCGUAGUUAUCUGCUUACAGUCGCUUGGUAGAAAAGCCCAUAACUACGGUAUGCCCUCAAUAGGACCUAAGGAAGCGGAGAAAAACGUUCGCAACUUCACUGAAGAACAGCUCCGGGCAGGCCAAGGUGUUAUUUCGCUUCAAUACGGCUCCAACAAAGGCGCCACUCAGAGCGGAAUCAACUUUGGCAACACUAGACAUAUGUAA